GGAAUCUUACCAACCAAAACAUAUGGUCAUCGUCAGAAGGAUUUCCCACUGUCUAAUUGUCUCUCUCUUUCUCUCUGUAAAGAGAUAGACGAUUGCAGCAGAAGAGUAAAGUCUAUAAAGAGGGUUUUAGGUUUUGCUUCUCAAUGAGUUAUGGGAAUGUGAUUGUUAAUGCACAAGGGAAGCAGCCUCUUGUUUCCUUUGGGGUGAUAUCAGAUGUACAAUAUGCUGACAUUCCCGAUGGCCGCUCGUUUCUUGGCGUUCCGCGCUACUACCGGCACAGUCUGCUCGUGCUGCAGCGAGCAGUCCGGAGUUGGAACGAGAAGAAGGUGAAAUUCGUUAUUAACUUUGGGGACAUCAUUGAUGGCUUCUGCCCAAGAGAGAAAUCUUUGAGUGCCACUAAGAAGGUUGUUGGUGAAUUUAGCAACUUCAGUGGCAAUGUAUAUCACAUGAUAGGCAAUCACUGUCUUUACAAUCUCCCCCGCGAAAAAUUGCUCCCUUUGCUGAACAUUGAUGGCCACGCGUAUUAUGAUUUUUCCCCGGUGCCAGAGGUCCGGUUUGUGGUGCUCGAUGGGUACGACAUCAGUGUCAUAGGAUGGCCCGAGGAUCAUCCGAACAGAAUAAAAGCCAACGACAUUCUUAAAGAGAAGAAUCCGAAUGUGGACAAGAAUAGUCCCGAGGGACUUGUUGGGCCGCCCAGGAGGUUCGUUAAGUUCAAUGGGGCUGUUGGGGAAGAACAGAUGGAGUGGUUGGAUCGCGUCCUCCAAGAUGCGACAAAGUUGAACCAGAUAGUCGUGGUAUGCAGCCAUCUGCCUCUGGAUCCUCGUGCAACGUCUUUUGCUGCGUUGAUGUGGAACUACGAGGAGGUUAUGGAGGUGGUGCACCGUUACAGCUGUGUGAAGGUCUGUCUGGCUGGCCAUACUCAUAGAGAUGGAUACGUGAUGGAUUCACACGGCGUGCAUCACCGGGUUCUUGCUGCAGCCUUGGAGUGCCCUCCUGGGACGGAUGCAUUUGGCUCGGUCGAUAUCUUCAACGACAGCUUGUUCGUGUCUGGCAGGGACAGAAUGGGAGAUCAAGAAAUGGUUUUCAAUUGAUGGAUUCAUUGUGAAUAUCUGCUGUUGGCCUUUUGGCUUGGCUGCAGCAUAUAAAUUAAGAGAAGCAAAUUCAUUGAGAUAUCAAAUUCAUUAUGAAACUCAUGUCUGUAAUCCCUUCUUUGGUAAUGAAGAAGUUUCGAAUGA